GAGGGGAGGGGGGAGGGGAGGCUGAGAUCUCCCAGGAUGCCCCGCGCGCGCCAGUCCCCAGCGCCGCGCCAUGUUGUGAGGAGGAGAAGAGGAGAGAGAGAGAGAGAGACGACAGAGAGCGCGUGAGGGGGGCCCUCGCAAUCCGCCGCAAUCCGCCCGCUCCGCCCGUAUAGGUGGAAUGGUUGUUCCCUGUGUUUUUAAGGUAUGAAUGAAGUGCUCUGGCAGGACUCCCUCCCCCAGCAGCAACAGUAUCAGCAUCAACAGCAGCCUCCCCAGGACACACUCGGUCAGAGCGUUGCCCACAACAUGCCGGUGGUGCUAACAGGACCCGCCGGUGCCCAGCCGCAGCAGCACGUCGCCUCGCAGGCCCUGGUGGCCGGCUCGGUCUCCACGCAAGGCCCAGGCUCCAUGGGGCCCCCGUUGGCAGUGCCCGGGCUGGCACUGGCUGCGGGCCGCUCGCAGGACGAUGCCAUGGUGGAUUAUUUCUUCCAGAGGCAGCCGGUGGAGCAGCUGGGAGGAGCGGGAGGGGGCGGCGGCGGCGGAGGUGGUGGUGGAGGAGGCGGUGGAGGUGUAGGGAGCAGUGGUGGAGGAGGAGGCGGCGGUUACAAUGGGAAACACCGCUGGCCGACAGGAGACAGCAUCCAUGUCGAACAUCACCAGGUGCGGUCAAUGGAUGAGCUGAACCAUGACUUUCAAGCACUGGCCUUAGAAGGAAGGAGUAUGGGAGAGCAGCUUCUGCCCGGUAAGAAAUUCUGGGAAUCUGAUGAUACAAACAAGGAUGGACCUAAAGGGAUAUUUCUGGGGGACCAGUGGAGGGACAGUGCUUGGGGAGCCUCAGAUCAUUCGGUGUCGCAGCCAAUCAUGGUGCAGAGACGUCCCGGUCAAGGUUUCCACGGGAGCAACGAGGUCAACUCCGUGCUGUCUCCACGGUCUGAAAGUGGCGGGCUGGGUGUCAGCAUGGUGGAGUAUGUGCUGAGCUCGUCGCCUGGGGAAAAACUUGACUCCUGCCUGAGGAAAGGGCCAUUUGGUUCUGGGGAUGCCGAGGUGCACAAUGAAAAGGGAGACAAGAAAGGCAAGUCUUCCUUUGAUGGGGAUAAAAUGGGAGAUCUGAAAGAAGUGGAGGACGAUGGAAUUGACAAGACAAAUGGGAUGGUCGUGCAGAAUGGCAUUGACGCUGAUAAGGAUUUCAGCCGCACCCCAGGCAGUUGCCAGACCUCUCCAAACGAAGUGGUCGAUCUCCUUGGACCCAACCAGAAUAGCUCGGAGGGCUUGGGGCCAAUGGCCAACAGCAACAGUUCCAAGCCAACCGAAGACUUCAAUAACGUGGAGUCCCAGAACGUUCCCCUGGAUUCGAUGGAACCGGUUGGACUCGACUCGCUACAGUUCGACUACACCAGCAGCCAAGUGCAAAUGGAUUCGGCAGCGGCUGCUGUCAGCCUCUUCGACUAUAGCUCUCAACAGCAGCUGUUCCAGAGGCAGAAUGCACUGACGGUUCAACAGCUGACAGCAGCUCAACAGCAGCAAUACGCUCUCGCAGCUGCCCAGCAGCCUCAUAUCGGUAUGUUUUCAGCAGGCCUCGCUCCAGCAACAUUUGUUCCAAACCCAUAUAUAAUUAGUGCUGCCCCUCCAGGUACAGAUCCCUACACUGCAGGCCUUGCUGCUGCUGCAACUCUGGCAGGCCCUACAGUGGUUCCACCUCAGUACUAUGGUGUCCCGUGGGGUGUUUAUCCAGCGAAUCUCUUCCAGCAGCAAGCUGCUGCAGCAGCAGCCAACAACUCUGCAAAUCAGCAGGCUGCAUCGCAGGCUCAGCAAGGACAACAGCAGGUUCUACGUGCUGGAGCCAAUCAGCGGCCACUGACCCCGAACCAAAGCCAGCAAGGACAACAAGCAGAUAGCUUGGCUGCUGCUGCAGCUGUUAACUCAGCUCUAGCGUUUAGCCAGGGACUAGCGACUGGAAUGCCAGAACUUUAUAGAGUCAACAGUGCCCAGCUUCAUUCUGGAUAUCAAGUCAUAGCCCCAGCUGCUUAUUAUGACCAGACGGGUGCCCUGGUUAUGAAUACUGGAGCUCGGAAUGGCUUGGGAGCUCCAGUACGUCUAGUGGCUCCAGCACCUGUAAUUAUAAGCCCAUCUGCAGCGCAGGCAGUCGCGGCGGCGGCAGCCUCCGCAAACGGUACAGCCGGUGGUCUGGCGGGCACAGCCAAUGGCUCAUUUCGCCAACUGGGCAACCAGCAACCCCAGCAGCAACAGCAGCAGCAGCAGCCAAACAACAGCCUGCCUUCCAGCUCGUUCUACGGUAACAAUUCCCUGUCUAGUACUUCGCAAAGCAACUCGCUGUUCUCGCAGGGAUCUGGCCAGCCUGGCAGCACCUCCCUGGGCUUUGGAAGCACCAGUUCGCUCGGGGCUACUCUCGGAUCUGCACUUGGAGGGUUUGGGUCAGCAGUUGGAAGCUCAAACACCGGCAGCGGCUCUCGGAGAGACUCCCUAACUGGAAGCUCUGAUCUGUACAAGCGAACAACCAGCAGCCUGGCUCCUAUAGGCCAUAACUUUUACAAUGGGUUGGGAUUCUCGUCCUCCCCUGGCCCAGUAGGCAUGCCGCUUGCAAACCAGGGUCCCAGCCACUCGCUGACACCACCACCUUCAUUAUCAUCACAUGGAUCGUCAUCGAGCCUUAAUCUGGGCACACACAGUCAAAUAGCCUGCCAACACUCAUUCAAGCUUAGACGUGAAAAAUGGCCACUUGAACAAGGAGGCCUGACAAACGGAAGUGGAAGGUUCAUCUCGGCCGCCCCUGGAGCCGAGGCCAAGUAUCGCAGCGUAAACAGCACCUCCAGUCUGUUCAGCUCCAGCAGUCAGCUGUUUCCCCCGUCACGCCUGCGCUACAGCAUGUCGGACGUCAUGCCAUCUGGCCGGAGCAGAUUAUUGGAAGAUUUCCGCAACAACCGCUAUCCCAACCUUCAGCUGCGCGAAAUAGCCGGACACAUCAUGGAAUUCUCUCAAGAUCAGCACGGCUCAAGAUUCAUUCAGCUUAAAUUGGAACGUGCCACUCCCGCUGAACGACAGCUGGUUUUUAACGAAAUUCUGCAGGCGGCCUACCAACUGAUGGUGGACGUGUUUGGAAACUACGUCAUUCAGAAAUUCUUUGAGUUUGGGAGUCUGGAUCAGAAACUGGCGUUAGCUCAGCGCAUCCGUGGGCACGUCCUCUCAUUGGCGUUGCAGAUGUACGGCUGCCGUGUGAUACAGAAGGCGUUGGAAUCCAUCCCUCCAGACCAGCAGAUAAUUAAUGAAAUGGUGAAGGAACUCGAUGGCCAUGUGCUGAAAUGUGUGAAGGAUCAGAAUGGGAACCAUGUGGUGCAGAAGUGCAUCGAGUGUGUGCAGCCUCAGUCUCUGCAGUUCAUCAUUGAUGCUUUCCAGGGGCAGGUGUUUGCCCUGUCGACCCACCCAUAUGGCUGCCGCGUCAUCCAGCGGAUCCUAGAGCAUUGCAUGCCUGAGCAGACCCUGCCGAUCCUCGAAGAGCUCCACCAACACACCGAGCAGUUAGUUCAGGAUCAGUACGGGAAUUAUGUCAUUCAACACGUUCUGGAGCACGGACGCCCUGAAGAUAAGAGCAAGAUUGUGUCUGAAAUCCGAGGCAACGUUUUGGCUUUGAGCCAGCACAAGUUUGCCAGCAACGUGGUGGAAAAGUGUGUAACCCACGCCUCCCGUGCUGAGCGCGCUCUGCUGAUCGACGAAGUGUGCAGCAUUAACGAUGGCCCUCACAGUGCCUUAUACACUAUGAUGAAGGACCAGUACGCAAACUACGUGGUGCAAAAGAUGAUCGACGUAGCCGAACCAGCCCAGCGCAAGAUUGUGAUGCACAAGAUCCGACCUCACAUCGCAACGCUGCGCAAGUACACGUACGGAAAGCACAUUUUGGCCAAACUUGAAAAAUAUUACAUGAAGAACGGGGUGGAUCUGGGUCCGAUCGGCGGCCCGCCAAAUGGAAUGCUGUAAAUGUGAAUUUCUUACGAAGGAAAUCCCUCCCAUUUCCCUUCUUCCAGGGACUAAAAACAUGAUUGACUGACUCAACAACCAGCAGCCUAAUAAACCUUCACCACCCCUCCCACCCUCCCCCAC